UAGGCGGGUCGCUGGUUGUGAAUCCAUGUGGCGGGGGUUGUGGAGCCUAGUAGCCCGGGGCGCACGUGGGCCUCGCAGUCCCAGGUCGUGCACGCGCCAGGGCAGCGGCGCCCCGGUCCCCGGAGCCGGGGCCACCAUCUUCGCGCUGAGCUCCGGGCAAGGCCGCUGCGGCAUCGCGGUGAUCCGGACCAGCGGCCCCGCCAGCGGCCACGCCCUCCGGAGCCUCACGGCGCCCCGGGACUUGCCCCCGGCUCGCAGCGCCUGCCUGCGCCUGCUCAGCCAUCCCCAUUCCAGGGAGCCGUUGGACCGCGCGCUGGUGCUCUGGUUCCCAGGUCCCCAAAGUUUCACGGGUGAGGACUGCGCGGAAUUCCACGUGCAUGGAGGCUCGGCGGUGGUGAGUGGCGUCCUGCAGGCCCUGGGCAGUGUGCCAGGGCUGCGGCCGGCCGAGGCCGGUGAGUUCACCAGGCGGGCAUUCGCUCACGGAAAGCUGAGCCUGACCGAGGUGGAGGGGCUGGCGGAUCUCAUUCAUGCAGAAACCGAGGCGCAGCGGCGGCAGGCACUGAGGCAGCUGGACGGGGAACUGGGCCACCUCUGCCAUGGCUGGGCCAAGACUCUCACCAAGGCUCUGGCUCAUGUGGAGGCCUAUAUCGAUUUUGGUGAGGAUGACAACCUGGAGGAGGGUGUCCUCGAGCGAGCCAACAGCCAAGUACGGGAGCUGGAGCUGGCGCUGAGCGCACAUCUUCGAGAUGCCAGGCGCGGGCAGAGGCUUCGUUCAGGAGCGCACAUAGUGGUCACAGGCCCCCCCAACGCCGGCAAGAGCAGCCUGGUGAACCUACUCAGCCGGAAGCCUGUGUCCAUAGUGUCGCCGGAGCCGGGGACCACCCGCGACGUGCUGGAGACCCCCGUGGACCUGGCUGGGUUCCCCGCGCUGCUGAGCGACACGGCGGGGUUGCGGGAGGGCGCGGGGCCGGUGGAGCAGGAGGGCGUGCGGCGCGCCCGCCAGAGGCUGGAGCAGGCUGAUCUCAUUCUGGCCGUGUUAGAUGCUACGGACCUGGCCUCUCUGUCCAGCCGCAGCUUCCUGGACACCGUUGUCGUCCCCGCGGGAGCUGGGAGCCCCAGUGAGAACAGCCAGCGCCUCCUGCUGGUGCUGAACAAAUCGGAUUUACUGCCUCGAGGGGGCCCAGACCUCAGUCCCCACCUGCCUCCGCAUCUGCUGCUGUCCUGCUUGACCGGAGAGGGAUUGGAAGACCUCCUGGAGGCGCUGAGGAAGGAGCUGGCUGAAGUGUGUGGGGACCCGUCUACAGGCCCACCACUUCUGACGCGGGCAAGGCACCAGCAUCAUCUCCAGGGCUGCCUGGAUGCUCUCAGCCACUACAAGCAGACAAAAGACCUAGCCCUGGCUGCUGAGGCGCUGCGACUCGCCCGUGGCCACCUGGCCCGCAUCACUGGUGGAGGGGACACUGAGGAGAUCCUGGACAUCAUCUUCCGGGACUUCUGUGUGGGCAAGUGAGAGGACCACUGAAGCUCUCAGCCAGAAGCCCUGAGGCAUGUGGGCACAGCUUAGGCCAAGUGAGAAUUUCAUCCCAUGGGGAAAGACCUUGUCCCCAGAAUGAUGAGCAAAGCGGCUGCCUUCAGAAGUGGUGAGCUCCCUGUUGCUGGCAGUAAGUAAGCUACAGCCAGCCACAUUCCCUUGUGGGGACAUGCUAGGGGUUCAAGCCCUGGAUGGAACUGAACGGAGGUCCCUUUGGGUGUCCGAUGCUGGAGGGAGUAGGAGUGGAUGGUUGGAUGGGGGUGGGGUCUUUGGGAGGGCCUCAGGGGUCUUUGUUUUGUAGUUCUUAAUUUAUUUUGCAAAUACCAAAGGAACAGACAAAAUUCAGGUGAUUCAGAAAUGCCUAAACAUGGCAAUCUCCCUCCCAUCCCUUGGGGGUCACGGCUUAACUUGUGUACUUCCAGGAUUUUCUCUGCUCUUUUACAUACUUGUGUACACACCUAUAAAAUAUGUUUUGUCGGGCACCUGGGUGGCUCAGUGAUUGAGCAUCUGUCUUGGGCUCAGGUUGUGAUCCCCGGGUCCUGGGAUCGAGUUCUGUAUCAGGCUCCCCGCAGGGAGCCUGCUUGUCCCUCUGCCUGUAUCUCUGCCUCUCUCUGGAUGUCUCUCAUGAAUAAAUAAAUAAAAUCUUAAAAAAUAUA